AUGCACAACUAUUCAUUGAAAGAUCCACCUCGAGUCAGGAGGCCAUUGAGUACUGAAGUAAAAGAGCUUAUUAAAGAGUACUCCAAAGCUGGGACCAAGGCAGUCCACAUUUUACGGGCGAUAUGGACACAAUUUCCCGAUGAAAAGGUAACCGCUAAACAAGUCUACAACUACAGAAAUUUUUUGCGUAAGGCGGGGUUUCCAAUUCUAGAUGACCUGGCUGCCAUGGACGUAGUGGGAAAGGUGUUAGAGGUCGCAGAACAGCACAAAUACAUCAUCUUCACGGAGUGCGAUGAAGAGACACAGAGCUCCGACUUGUAUGGCGAAGAUAUGCAUCUGAGUGUCAUCGUGACUGAUCGGGAGCCUGGACUGAUGAGGCCUCUUGAUGAUGUAUUUCCAUCUUCACAUCACUUAUUGUGUACGUGGCAUGUUUACAGGGAUGUUGAAAGAAAUGUGAAAAGAAUUUUGAAUGGAAAUGCUCAUACAGCAAAAAGUUUCGCGUAUAAUGCCUUCAAAGCAGUGAUCGAAGCUGAAACCAGGGACGUAUACGAAGAAAGAAUGCAGUUUCUGGAGCAUAAUUGGUCCCAAUUUCAGGCCGUUCUACAGUAUGUUAGGAACACAUGGUUAGUGGUGGCGCACAAGUUUGUGCGUGCAUGGAUCAACACUUAUUUGCAUUUUGGCAACACCACUACCUGUAGAGUGGAGAGCGCACACAAGUUGUUAAAGGAAUGGCUCGUCAUUCCAAAUGCUUCUUUUGAAACGGUGUGGCACAGGGUUCACAUGUUACUGGAGACACAGCUUACGCAAAUAAGGGAGAAAUUCCAAGAAUCAAGGCAGAAAAUAGGGAGGCAACACAACAAGUACCCUUUCUACCAAUUAAGAUGCAAUGUUCAGGCAAUCCAUGGACUGGGCAAGGUGAGACGAACAGCAGCAGUUCCAGUAGAGGCAAGAGGUCGGGUUCCGAACCACAUGUCGGAGAUAGAUUUUUUCCAGUUUAGCCACAAGAAUAAGAUUCCGCAGGUACUCCACAAUCAUGUUCAGUCAUAUCUUGAUGUCGAGCCUGACGGCAAUUGUGGUUUCCGUGUCUUUGCGAGUUGCAUGUUGGGUGGGCAGAAUAAUCACAUUUUGUGCAGACAGAUAUGUUAUGAUGAGGUUAUAAAUAACCCUGGCCUAUAUGGGAACAUUUACGGGUGGGACAGAUGGGCUGAGAGCCUAGAGCGUAUACGGUGGACAGGCACCGCAUUAGCUAUGGCUAACCCUUCGGAGGUUGUUCAAGGGUCGGAGCUUGAGGGGGAUCACGUUUCCCGUGAGGUGGGGAGGACCACCCGCAAAGGAAGCCGCAAGGAGAAGUCGGUCGUUAGGGAGCCGAUGGUGGAAUUCGAGAAACGGCUUGCCAAGCUAGAGCUUGCUGUGGCCGACCACCAAGACCGUUGGGACGAGCACCCUGAGGUGGUAGCGGGGGUCGUCGAAGCUCGCAUGGAGCGAUUCGCAGGGGAAUUGCAAGAGGUCAUGCAGCAAAUGAGGGACGACAUGCUAGGGACGCUCAACGAAAUGGUGGAACGUUGCAACAAGUCGAAGGAGGAAAGCCUUGCUCGUGUUGCCGCCCUCCAAGACGACGUCAACCGGCUUAUGGGGGAGCUGGAGACUUCUCGGGCAGAAUCGGCGCACGCCGUGCAUGCCAAGGCCGAGACACGUCAAGGCCGUCUUUACAUGGAGGCAUCGUUCGCAAACGGGUCUAGAUGGGGCAUGCUAGACACAGGGGCCGACACGAGUUAUCUCACGGAAGAGGUAGCCAAUUCGCUUGGCGUCAAGUGGACACCUAGCAAAGGCCGUUUCAAGGGUGUGAACGGCGAAUGGACGGGUCUUGUAGGCGAAGCCAGGGAUGUGCCUCUUAAAAUCGGCAACUGGUCAGGUACGGCUAGUUUCUCCAUUGCACCUAUGGAUGAUUAUGGUCUUGUGUUUGGCAUGGAGUUUUUAGACCAGGUAAAGCCGAUCAUCGUGCCUAGCAACGACACGAUGGUGAUCCUCCAAGGCGAGAAGCCUUGUGUGGUAAAGUUUAGACGGGAAAAUGAGAUUAGCCCUUCCCAGCUGAACAAGGGGCUAAAACGGGGUGAACACACCUUUGCCGCCAUGGUGUUUGAGGAGGAACCAUGCACAGAGGAGCCGGCAAAGGAGGAACGAAUCCCAAUUCUCAAGCAUUCCUUAAGCUCUCUUGUGCCUUCAUCGUUCUUUCAUUUUCAACCUUUCUUAAGUUUUUCUUUGCCUCCGUUCUUUAAAGUCUUGCCUAGCUUUGCACGCUUUGGGGGUCUUAAGGCUGAGCUAGCACUUGAUCGUUAG